CUUGAAGUCUACGUUGAAAAGAUGAAACUUUCUCUGUUCUUUGUGCUGUGCGGAUUUCUGGUUGUGGCUACAUCCGGACAAUCAACCCUCCCUGCAAGUCUGAAAAAGUUAGGAGUAGCCGUCGCAAAUGUUGCCAAGACAGUAAAAGCUAACAUCGCUACCGUCCAGCUGCUGGGAGGAACAACAGUGGUGACCGCUUUGCAAAAAUUGGAAGCAGAUACCGAAACUUUUUCCACCACUUUGUCGAAUAAUGCUGUUGACUUGACGCAAGUUCUGAGCGGUACCGUUACCAGGGCUCAAGCCAAGGCUGCCUUCAACAGCUUGACUGCUGCGGUCAAAAAACUGAACACCGAUCUGAAGGCAGGUUUCAAAACCAAGUCCCCUCAGUUAUUGAUCAAUGCCAUGACCGCUUUCUACGAAACGGUUGCUCCGACGGUAACCCAAAUUGUUACCCUGUUGCAGAACACCCCCGGAACUGCAUCCUACAACGUACUGACCGGUAUCAACACACUUAUCGCUGAUGCCAGCGCGCUGGCUGCUGCCGUACAGGGUAUUGCACUGAGCGGAUGAACUGCAUUCCUUAGGUAACGAUUGCGCUACGAAAUAAUAAAAUUCUCAAAAUUUCAAAA